AUGGCGGCACUAAACAUCGCCAAGAUUGUGUUGGACAAAGACAGCUGGGAGAACAUCCCUCCCAUGGUGUUCAAAUCGUUCCAAGCAACGGCUGCCAACAUGAAUGGCAUCAAAAAGUGGGCAGAUGUGUAUGAAGGGCGAGCCAAGAGUCAGAGCGAGUCCAUGAGCAAGUACGAGGAGAAGUUAGCAAUACUGGAGAGAAACCUGGGGGCUUUGCAGGAACGUUCAGAAGCCAUAAUGCAGGACAUGACCGCGGCCUCUGAGCUGGGAAGGCAACAAGCCAUGACCUGCGCUGGUGGGUUUCAGCGCAUGGAACGGUGUGUUGCGGUAAUGUUCAAGCAUUUCGGCCGGACCUUUGGGGUGGAGAUGGAUUUGCCUGAGCGAGAGGAUUGGGAAGGUGCUGGAAAGCCCAAGGCUCCACACGAGGAGGAUGCAGACCUUCCACCGGGAGUUGCCAUCAUGCAGACCAGCGGAAUGCGUUUGGAGAAGGAGCUCGACACUUUGGAACUUGCUUUCCACAGAUGGGGCGCAAUGCAAGCCGAAGAUAGCGAACGUCACCAAUCUGUUCAUGCUUCACUUGAGGAGUUGCGCGGAGUCGCCGAACGAUCGAACGAAAGGAUACUUUCGUGGCGGGAGCUUCUCAAGGAGAGCUCUCAUGCCAUAGAUUCGUUGGGUGGCGCACUCGCUCAGAUGCAGACAGCCGUGCAGGAGCUACAUGCAACUCGGGUCCAACACCACGAUGUGGAGUCAGCAGUGCGACAGAAGGGCGAGGAGCUAGAAAGCCUGCACAGAUUGACCGAGCAGAGCAUGGACAAGCUGUACCAUCGUGUGGAGGAGCAUGUAUCAGAAGUACAGCGCCUCAUCUUGGAGAUCAGCAGACAAACUGACGAGCGAAUUGAAGAUCACAGCAACCAGGUUGCGAAGAUGGUUGAGGGACACAUGAAUCCCCUCAAUGCGUACUUGAACACGAUGCAUGUCAAGACUGAUGUCUGCGACUUGAUGCCGGCGUGA